AUGGAAAAAUUAAGACAAUAUUUAAAUAAACCCUAUAAAAAAAAUUCUUUAAAAGAGAUUUACGAUUUUUUAUUAGAGGAAGAAAAGAAUAUUAUGUACUACUAUAAUGAAGCAUCUAAAAUUUUUAAUUUGAAUUUAAAUGACAAAAAUCAGAAUGGAAUAGCUUUCAAUGAUUUAAUAAAUAAAGAAAGUACUGCAAAUAAUUUAUUCUCUCUUUAUGAAAUCCUUAUGAAAUUAAUUGGAGGUUUAUUAAUUAAGAAACAAUUAUUCAUGAUUAUGGAAAUGCGUAAAUCAUUAUUAAGUAUGAAUUCAUCGAAGGCAAGGAGAUAUAUUUCACAUGGAACAAGACAAAUUUUAAGAAAGGAAUACCAAUUAAAUUUACUUUCUCAAAUAGAAAAAGAAAAAUAUGAUAUAAAACGUAUUCAAGUAUCAAAUUCUUUAGUAGAUAAAAUAAAUGGAAUUAUACCAAUUUUAUAUUUCAUUUGUAAUGUAAAAAGUAAAGAUAAAGAUAGAACUAAUCUUAAUAAUAAAAAAAGGGAUAAUACGGAAAAUGUUUUGCUUGCACUAUAUUAUGCCAACCAAAGGCUUUUCGAAGUUACUGAAAAUGAAAUAAAAUAA